CUCUGCUGGCGUUUGGACUCGUCUCCUCUCGAUUCAUCUCUUCCCGGACGAUUUUCCAUCGAAUUUCCUUGCGAUUCGCCGCGAACCCGCCGGUUUUCCCGCAGGAUUUGUUGCCGGGACUGACGCGUCGGUUUGUCGUUUCGAUUCCGUUGUUAUAUGUAGUGGAUUUUGGGUUCAGUAUUUGACGAAUAAAAUGACUGUUACGGGUAAUUUUGGAAUUAUGCAUCGGCCGUGUUUUUCCGGGUAUCCUUUUCAAGGUCAAGGACGUGUCAAUCAACUGGGAGGCGUCUUUAUAAACGGAAGGCCCCUGCCGAAUCACAUAAGACUGAAAAUCGUGGAAAUGGCAGCGGCUGGAGUCCGGCCCUGCGUCAUAUCCAGACAAUUAAGGGUGUCCCACGGAUGCGUUAGCAAAAUCUUGAACAGAUACCAGGAGACCGGAUCGAUCCGGCCGGGGGUGAUAGGCGGCUCGAAGCCGCGCGUCGCGACGCCCGAAGUGGAGACGCGGAUCGAGCAGUACAAGCGCGAGAACCCGUCCAUAUUCAGCUGGGAGAUCCGCGACAGGCUGAUCAAAGAAGGGAUCUGCGACAGGAGCAGCGCCCCCAGCGUGUCCGCCAUCUCCAGGCUGCUCAGGGGCAAAGGCGGCGACUACGAUGGAGACGACAAAUCCACUGAUAAUGAAGGGGGUUCGGAUUGCGAAAGCGAGCCCGGGAUACCAUUGAAGCGCAAACAGCGCCGCUCCAGGACCACCUUCACCGCCCACCAACUGGACGAAUUGGAGAAAGCCUUCGAAAGGACCCAGUACCCGGAUAUUUACACCAGAGAAGAACUGGCCCAGAGAACGAAGCUCACCGAAGCCCGAAUACAGGUUUGGUUCAGCAACAGGCGAGCGAGAUUACGAAAGCAAUUAUCAUCGUCCUCGUCAUCUUCCUACAGUACUCUCGGCGUCGUCGGAGGCCCUUACAGCGCACCCACCACGCCCUACGCCUCGAGCUUGGGACAAGGUUUGGGCGAAAACAAUUUCCCCACGUCAGCAGCCACAGCUUCCAGCAGCAAGCAAAUGACUGAAUUGUACUCGAACCACUCGACGUCGCCGAACCUGCCCAUUUCUGAUGUGAAAUGGGAGCACCCGCUGCACCACAACCCCUACGCGCCCCAUCCGAUUUACUCCUCGUCGAACCUCAUGCCCAUAUCGCAGUCGGUCGCGCCCGCCAUCAGCCUGGCCGGCAACGCGCAGGCCACCACCUCGCCCGCCAUGGCCUCCAAUUCGAUCCAGAACCUGCUGCACCACGACCUGGGGGAGUACAAGGAGGGCAACGAGAACAACAACGUGCACCAUCCGUCCAGCCCGACUCUGAGCCAGCAACCGUACGCCAACAUGGCGCCCACCUCCGGCGGAAUCGUCGCCAUGUUGGGGCCCAACAGCGCAAACAGCAACAGCAACGACGGGCCGUGCAAGGAGCCCAACUCGGAGCACCACCUGGGCUCGCAGUGGAGCAUGGCGUCGCCGCAUCAGAUCAGGAACCUCAGUCCCACGUUGCCCAAUCACCAGCCCAUCCCGGGCGGAUUGACCCAGCUGGGCCAGCCGCUGGCGCAGAGUUUGGGCGGUUACCCGCACCAGGGCGGCAUGCAGCAUGGGAUCCACGGUUAUCACGCGCACCAGCCGCCCAAGGCGUUCGACCAUCAACCAUUCUACGGGUGGUACUGAUGAAUAUUUCGGGUGCUAGGCGGACUAGUUGUUGGGGUUGCCCAAGGUCUUACAGACAUGUUUGGAAACUCGGUGUAAUUUGUGGUAGUGGGGGUGUUGUGCUUGUUGCAAGGUCGUAUGUUUCUAAGAUUUGGAAACUGAGGUCGGAAAAGUGUUCAGUUGUUUGAAGAUAAAAUAGGGUUCCUACAACUGCCGCUAGGAGGCACUUCACAGGAGUUUCCUGACCUGUUAUGUGCGACCGUGGGGUUGCCCAAGUAAUGUGAUAAUAGUUAAUUUUUUACUGAUUAGUGGUAGGCGAAUUGGACCAAUGUAACACCAGUGAUACAUUUAUUUGUAGAUAAAUUUGUAUGUAUUUGUAUUUAGAUGGAAGCUAUUUUUAAAUUUAUAUGUAAAAAAUAAGAUUUUGAUUGUUUUUCUUUUCGAAUUUCGUUUGUAAUUGUAAAUUAGAUUUAGAAUUUGGUUAUAAAUUAUUCGUCAAUUACCAGUGUA